AUGACAAGAGGAAGAGCAGAUGUGAACUCAAGAAAAAAAUUGGUCAUAACUGUUGUGGUUUUGGUGAUUCUUGGUGCUUUCUUUUACUUUUAUUCUCAGAGUAAUGAUUCAUCGAUUGUUGAGUAUGGUGAUAAAUCUUUGAAACACUUUGGUUUGAGAGGGGACAAAGAUGAGGGUGAAUCUUCCUCCACACUUGUUGGAGGAGAGGACAGUGCUAUACCAAAAAGCAUUCCAGUCUGUGAUGAUCGUCUAUCAGAGCUUAUUCCUUGUCUGGACAGAAACCUCAUAUACCAAACAAGAUUGAAGCUUGAUUUAUCUGUGAUGGAGCAUUAUGAAAGACACUGCCCAAUACCUGAGAGGCGAUAUAAUUGUUUAAUUCCUCCUCCUCCAGGGUACAAGAUUCCAAUCAAGUGGCCCAAAAGCAGAGAUCAGGUGUGGAAGGCAAAUAUACCUCAUACCCAUCUUGCAACUGAAAAAUCUGACCAGAAUUGGAUGGUUGUGAAAGGUGAAAAAAUAGUUUUUCCUGGUGGAGGAACCCACUUCCAUUAUGGUGCAGAUAAAUACAUUGCUUCAAUUGCUAAUAUGCUUAAUUUUCCAAACAAUAAUAUAAACAAUGAGGGAAGAGUCAGGUCUGUUCUUGAUGUUGGCUGUGGAGUUGCUAGCUUUGGAGGAUAUCUUCUUUCUUCAGAUGUGAUAGCAAUGUCACUGGCUCCAAAUGAUGUUCAUCAAAAUCAAAUUCAGUUUGCCUUAGAGAGGGGAAUUCCAGCAUAUCUUGGUGUCUUAGGGACCCUAAGGCUCCCUUACCCGAGUAGAUCUUUUGAAUUGGCUCAUUGUUCUCGCUGUAGAAUUGAUUGGCUCCAAAGAGAUGGUAUACUUCUCCUUGAGCUGGAUAGGUUGCUCAGGGCAGGAGGUUAUUUUGCAUACUCAUCUCCUGAAGCCUAUGCACAGGAUGAGGAGGAUAGGAGAAUAUGGAGAGAAAUGAGUGCUCUUGUGGAGAGAAUGUGCUGGAAAAUAGCUGCUAAGAGGAAUCAGACUGUUAUUUGGGUCAAGCCUCUCACAAACAGUUGCUACUUAAAGAGAUUGCCUGGUACUCUACCCCCACUCUGCAGAUCUGAUGAUGAUCCUGAUGCUGUUUCCGGAGUUAAAAUGAAAGCUUGCAUUUCACGUUAUUCUGAUCAAAUGCACAAGGCAAAAGGAAGUGGUUUGGCUCCUUGGCCAGCUCGAUUGACUACUCCACCUCCUCGUCUGGCAGAAAUUCAAUAUUCUACAAAAAUGUUUGAGAAGGACAUGGAAGUUUGGCAACAACGAGUUCAUAAUUACUGGAGCAAGCUAGGCAGUAAGAUUAAAGCAGACACAAUUCGGAAUGUGAUGGAUAUGAAGGCAAAUAUAGGUUCAUUUGGUGCAGCUUUGAAGGACAAAGAUGUUUGGGUUAUGAAUGUGGUGCCAGAAAAUGAACCAAAAUCUCUCGCCAUAAUAUAUGACAGAGGAUUGAUAGGAGCAGUUCACAACUGGUGUGAAGCUUUUUCGACCUACCCGCGAACGUAUGAUCUACUCCAUGCAUGGACUGUAUUUUCUGAUAUUAUUAAGAAAGAAUGCAGUCCAGAGGAUUUGUUAAUUGAGAUGGAUAGAAUCCUGAGGCCGAAGGGUUUCAUCAUUGUCCAUGAUAAGCGUUCAGUGGUGGAGUAUGUAAAGAAAUACGUGCCAGCAUUACACUGGGAAGUUGUGACCAUAUAUGACGUAGAUCAAGGUAAAGAUAAUGAUGAUGAUGAUCAUGCAGUGGUUAUAAUUCAAAAGAAGAUAUGGCUCACAAGUGAUAGCAUUCAGGUUUCAGAAUAG